AUGCUCGAUCGCGUUCAACAAUUCCUGCAUGGUCUUGUUGGCCAUGCACCAGGUGGCCAAACAUCUCCUGUUCAGCCUUCCGAUGAUACAGAGGACUUUGUCCCCUGUAUCAAUCCAAGUGAUAUCCACCGGGAAACCAGCUACCCAACCGCCUCGAGUGGUUUGGGAGAUGUUUACAAGUGUAAAUGGAACCGUGGCGCAAGCUCUGAUGAGGUGGCGGUCAAAUCCCCACGAUUCCCAAGUCUAAGUGAUCUUGAAAUUGUCAAAAUCAACAAGAACCUUGACCGCGAGAUCCGUAUAUGGGCCGCGUUAAAGCAUCAAUAUGUAUUGCCCUUACAUGGCACUGUAGAGCAGUUCGGCCCAUUUCGCGCAUUGGUUUCCCCCUGGAUGCCCAACGGGACUUUGGACUCUUACCUUAAGCAUGUACAUGAGACCCUCUCGAUGAUAAAUAGGCUUCGGCUGCUUGAACAAAUUACUGAGGGGCUCCGGUAUCUUCACGACCACAACGUCAUACACGGCGACCUCACCAACAGUAAUGUUCUGGUUGCUGCCGACGGGUCCCCUCGUCUUGCAGAUUUUGGUAUCUCCAAUAUCAUGGUGCAAUCCAACCCUGCCUUUUCCUACCACACCGGUGCAGUACGUUGGGUCGCUCCAGAGCUUCUUGACCCCCCAGAAGAGCAACCCAUACAAUGCGCAACGAUAUCCACUGACAUAUACGCUCUCGGCGGUAUCAUGCUUCAGGUCCUAUAUGGGAAAAAGCCUUACUGGUGGCUGAAGUCUGCCAUGCACGUUACUUCUGCUAAGCUCAAACGCACAGAGCCCGUUGACUCCUCCAUCGAAAUCCAGCGUAAUCACCUGAAAUUCAUGCGGCGGUGCUGGUCAACGGAGAGUGAGCUUCGGCCGUCAGUAGAAGAGGUAAUAAAUUAUCUUCAAGAAGCACUGUUGAAUGAGGCUUCGUUUGUAUAAAGUCUUGGUUUUGAAGUGAUCCUCUUUCUUGUUGUUAUGUUAACUCCGGGCGUGUCCUACCAUAUAUCAGAUUGCUCCGUGUCCGCUCUCACUUCUCAGUGUCGUAUGAUUCACUAGCUGUAUUUGUAUUUAUGUAGGAGCAAUACUAAUGCGCUAGCAGACUACAUGCAAUACCAAUCUUCAUAGUGUAUGUAAACAAGGAUAAAUUAGGAAACACAUGAAUGUUGUUCCGAGUACACAGCAUCCUAAGCUAGUUCAUCGUAUUGUUGUUACUCUGCUCCUAAGAACUUCGCAAUCGCGGAAGCCACUGGUCGAUCUCCGGAUCUGACAGAUAUGCAUUUCAACGAAUACUCCUUGUGUACAUCUUCAAUGUCAGUGAAUUGACGGAAGGGUUCUGUUCCUGAGACUCUUGCAGUAAUGAUGUGAUAUGCUUGCGUUAGCCAGAGGUAAGGUGCACGUCCACAAAACAGCUGC